AAUAUUGCGACUGUUAAAACGCCAAAAUUCGGACAUUUUUGACUGUGUAAAAUGCGUUCAAAGUAAGAACGCAAGACGUUUGUUAUAACGCGUCAAUUUCACUUUUCUGACUGCUUGGGAAUUGACGAUGAUAAUUCAGAAAGAGUAGAGCAAUCGAAACAAAAAACAGAACCAAAAUAUGUUGAAAAUGGGAAUAGUGAUGGCAGUACUACUAAAGGACAAUCCGUAAGUAAAGAUGAAUACUCUUCUUGUUGAUUUCUCAUACUGUUUAAAAUAACGAAUAGUGUCUGAUGUGCAUCUUCUCGUUUUAUUGCAAUAAAACAAAAAUAUCAUAGAUGAACAAUUAAACUAUAAAAUUAGACAAAGACAAUAGUUGAAUACAUAAGACAGUUGAUAGAAACAAAGUAUUUAAUACGAUUUUCUAUUUUAGCAAGUUUUGACAUUGGUUGAAGAAAUUAAAAAAAAAUUGCCAACUUUAGUCUUAAAAUUAAAGAAUACAAUCGAGGAUCAACUUAAAGGUAAAUCGAUAAAAGAACAAGAAGAUGAUGUACUGCAAAAUAUCGAUUCAUUUUGUGACAUGAUUCUUGAAAAUAUCAAAGAAUUCAAAGAACUUAUUUUGAGUGCUCGUCCAUCACUUGAUUCUGCCAAUGAACCCAACUACGAAGAGCGUAAGGCAGCAUAUCGUAAAUUACUCAAGCUUGGUAAAGCUCUUAUGGUCAAAAUGGAAAUUACCCUCAAUACAGUAUUUGAUAAAUAUAAAGAGUGUCUUGAUAAUCUAUGGAAAGAAAUUCGUGCUGGCAAUGAUUCGACCUCUAUUCUCGAUAAAUUUCAUCACGAAACAGAAGCAUAUUUAAAACAAUCAUGGGAUCCUUUGUUUACUGAUGUGGAAAAUAUGGAAGAAAACAUUAAUAAUUUAAAAAAAUCAAAUCAGAACAAACAACAGACAUAA